CCGAGGCCCCCGUGCUGCCUGGUGGGCGGCCCGAUCGUCUUCCACAUGCGCCUGUUCUACGUCACUGUCAGAGCGCCAGCCAAUUUCAAUACGCGCACGACUUCCUCUCUUUUUCGUGCUUUCCUUUUCAUCUUUCCGUUACGAGAUCAGAGGCGGAGGCUCCGAAACGGGGAUUCGAUAGUUUGUUCUGGUUCUGGGAUCGAUUCGCGGAUUCACCAGACGCAUGUUCUGCUCCUCCAUCAUCAUCGUUCGCCUUGGCUUGCAAGCUCGAGAAUCAGAAACUCAGAGCCCCACGAGUUUUUGCUUCUUUUUUCCAUUUUAUUGAAGGAGCGAGGAUAUAAGAACCGGCGCUCGGGAAGUUCUCGGAUUUUCAUCAGGAGGGCAAUGUAUCCGAAGCUGAAGGUGAAGGUGAAGGGGAGAGUCGAUUCUGGAGAUCGCGAUGAUGUUAAGCGGGAUGUUCCCAAGAGUCCAUUGCUGGGACUGAAAGCUCUCGACUAUCUCUCUCUGCACGAUUUCGACUCUCCUGUGCAGGAGCAUCAAGUUUUUCGACAAUGCACAGCAAGGGUUGAAAAGAGAUCCAUGGAAAAUGCUCUGAGAUAUCCUGUAUCUGAAGGGAAAAGCGAAUCAACAUCUGAUGAAGAUUCUAAACUAAACAUCCGAGCCAGCACAGUGCCUCGUCCACGUGCAGUUUUAUCUAGUCCUGAUAAUGAUGUGAUGAUAGGAAAAAAUAAUAAAAGAAUUGGAGGGCGGCCUUCGGCUUUGAAGAAUAAUAACCCCCUCCAAUUGAGAAAUGGCCAGCCUAGGGAUAUUUCGAAGGAAGCUGCCUACCAUGAGCCUAAGAGCACAAGAAAACCCCAGGAGGCCACUGAUGAUAAGAUCCUGUCCAGGCGGACGAAGGACCCGGCUAACACAGCUGGUGCUGCGAGCCAGAGAACACGCCCUCAAACCAGAAAACCGAGCUCUGUGCGAAUUUGAUUUGCCAAGGAUCUGAGACAUACUCAAAGCAAGCAGUUUUGCCGUUUCUGUGGCGGUACUCGUUCAAAUAUAGGCUGGCCGUACUUGUGAUGGUUCCCAAGGGUUCAAUCACCUUCAAUAUAGCUAGAGUGAAUCUUCUAGGCUAAGCUUACAUAUAACAAAUAUGAAGAAAGUGUUAACAGAGUUUCAGACUUUUCAUAUUACCCCCGUUUCUUGCCUCUUACCUGUGUACAUAACUAAUACUGGUUGAGCUGUACAAUUUCAGCGGUUGUAAACGACUACGAUGAUCCUUUUUGCAAAGCGGAGUACCUUUUCUUGGUCUCU